UUUUGUUCCGCUUCUCUUGGUUCCCGCAACGAGUAUGCUACCAGUCGCUUACACGAAGAGCAGGGGACUGCACAGUUGGCAAGUGUCCUAGUCUGUGAAGGCUAGGCGUCGCUGGUAGCAAGCCCAAGAUCAAACGAAUUCCCUAGGAAUAUCGAGGCUGUCAAUGAUAGAACCGGUGCACGCUCCCAUGAAUGAUGUGAAGUGUGAUUGAACAUUCAUGGGGGCGGCCGUUCGGUGUGCGACGACGGCCUGAAGUGCAUACCUGCGAAGGCUUUCCCAUGGGACAGAAUGGCAUCGGCCUCCUCAUCGACCAGUUCACUCCGGGGGUCGGCGCAGAUGGGAGGUCUGAGGCCCUUCGACAGGAGCGAUGCUCCCCACGGGCCCUGCUGCGCAACCCGACUUCGCCACCAGGUGCCUGCUGCAGAGGUCGGGCCUUCAACCGCCGAGAGAGGGCUUGGGCUGCACUCGGCGGCGGCAGACACGUGGGGCUACCCAGAACUGAAAAACAAAAAGGCGCUGGCACAGCCAGGGGCACGAGGCGCCCAGCGAAGCACUGUUCCCAGCGAUGUCUGCACUUAUCCGCAAGCGACUGCCCUGAAACGAGAUGCAGCGCACGGAGGCGCGCCUCCGUGGGCGCUGAUGCAGCCUGCUGCCCGCUUUGGGCGCCACUCCUGGCAGGAGGAUUUGGGACGACGGAGGAGAAUUGGCGCGGGGCGGAAGAGGAGGGAGGAGGUGAGAGGAUGCGGAGUGGGAGGGCAGGGACAAAUUAAACGUGCGCCGGCUGGGACACCGAGAAUGGAAACUCUGCUCUACCAUACUCGUCCACAGAGAAACGGACCACGGCAAGUUGUGCUGCGAUAUUCGGCUGUCACUGCUCGACUGGGACGGCAGCGCGCCCAUAAACAACAACACGCAGGGUGUCAAAGCGGAGGGGAGGUCCGAGCAGCAGCCCUCCGCAAGAUGCUGGUGGCGAACACUCACCACGAACCCUACGUCUCUGCACCAGUUCGCGGCCAGUCGGCUUGCCGCGGAGUUGGCGGCCUCAUCUCGCCGAGCGCUCGGACUGCAAACUGCGUGUUUUAUCUACAGGCUGGCACCGCACUGAGAUGUAAGCGGCAUCGUCACAGCCAAGGGCAAACUGAGCCCAUGCAUCACUGUUCCCGGUAAUGCUUUCCACUUAUGCUACGGAUCUGCUUCUCCAGGAUCGAGCGCCCUGAAAUGAUGGAGCCCGCCGAGAUGCAUGCACAAACAUGUGAGGCACUAGCGCAACCUACCAGCUGUGCACGCUCCUGGGAGGAGGGAGAUUGGAUCAGGGAGGAGGACGAAGAGGAGGAGGAUAACGAGGUGGGAGCAGGAUGAGGAGGGGAUUCGCCAGAUGCAAGAGGAGCUUGGGAGGAAGAGGAGAAGGAGGAUACUAAUACGUGGGGGAUGAACACGCGCACAUUCGCUCCCGUGGGCAGUAAAAUUGGACAGAGCGCUGCGGGCACGCAGUGCAAUCUGCGGCCUGAGCCAGCCACAUGACUCAACUGCUUGCCGAACAACGCAGACUGGCCCGGGAAGCCGUGCCGCAGCCCGAUACCACGGCCAAAAUACUCCCUAUCUACCAACGAACAGCAUCAUGACCACCGCGGGGGCAAACGUAUAUCCUUGGCUCGACACGGUCGCCGCUCACGCCCCGCCCUGCGCCGCAGCAGCUGAAACCAGCUCCUGCUGCGCCCUCUGAGCUGCCACGGCCAGCCGCACCUCGCUGCCAGCCUUCUGCAACGCGGCCACUGCUGCUUCGCAAGAUGCCUGCAUCUCCCUGGGGCAGGCCAUGACCGCUGUCUGAAGCGAGCCCAGGAUGACAGAGGUGUCGGCGGCCACCGUCGGCAGCAGGCCCGAGCAGACGAAGCCCACGCCCAAUAGCCCUCUGGCCAUCGCCAGGGGCGGCAUGUCUCGCGAGGCUGGGAGCUUCGUGGCGAGGGCCUGGGCGCACAGCAUGCUCUGCUCCCAGACCUGGUUCAGCCUGGCCGCGUGGAUGCCGCAGGUGAUGAUGUUGAAGCGCGAGACGAAGAUCGAGACCCAGCUCUCCACAGUGGGGGGCUGUGUCUCCCACUUCAGCGUCACCAGCAGAAUGCCCUCCUGAGCCGUCAGCGCGUCCUCGGUGGCGUCUGGAACGUGGUGGCCCAGCUGCCUCAGGCACCCCACCAUGCGCUGGGCGUGAGGGACCAUGGAGGCGUUGGACACCACUGUGGUCGCCGUGUCCGCCUUCUUCAGCAGCUUCACGAUCACCGUGCACGCGAGCGGGAGGUGCUCUGGGAGUAUUCCCCCGUCGCGGCGCAGGCAAGCGACGUCGAGCAGCGUGGCGGCUUGGAACCCAGCUGCAGGAAGCAGCCCGACAGCCUGGCACAGACUCCACAUGAACCUCACCCCGGCGUCGCGCAGCCCGGCAUCGAGGGCCGCGUCCCUGGCCGCGCCGCCUCGCGGAGAGAAGGCCCUGCGCUCCCUCUCCAUGUGGAACUCGACGAGCUCGUCCGCCACGCCCGCGUCAAAGAGGGCGUCCUCCAGGUCCUGCUGCUUCCAGGGGCUCCCGGCCUGCUGCGCGGCGCCCAGCUCGGCCGCGGCCUGCGAGAGGCGCCCCCGCUCCAUCCCCUGGCCGAGACACAUGGAGGGCAACGGCGGGCGCGAGCGGGUCCGGGGCCCAAUCCGCGCUCGGCAACAAAUCGAGGAGCCUGAGCCGCAAAGUCGGUGCUGAGGAGGACGCUAAGUAGGAGGGGGCUGAGCCCUGGAGGCUGAGCCCAAGAUCGGCACCACUUGCGCGCAGCUUCGCAGGCAUGCGCUGCUCCAGCACGACGCCCGGGUCUAGAACUCCCACCGGGGGCUGCGUCACAGCUG